AUGUCAAUGUCAGCCACUUACUGUGGAGAACCAGUGGCUGUUGAGAAUGGUUACAUUUCACACUCCAGUGGUGUUGUGUUUGGAUCGUUUGUGACCUUCACUUGUUUCCCAGGGUUCUCUCUGCUGGGUUCUGCCAACAUCACGUGUCAGGCCAAUCAGUGGACCAGCAAGCCACAAUGUGUUUCUGCUAACUGUCCAGCCCUGCCUACCAUCAGCAAUGGCCAGCUCUCCAGCAGCGGCGACCAGUAUGCUGCCAUUGUUAACUACACCUGUAACGCCGGGUACCAGUUGAUUGGAGCACCAAUCUUGUUUUGUCAGUCCACAGGCCAAUGGACAGCUUCAGCUCCUAAGUGUAUAAAAACAACGUGUCCCAUUCCUGCAAUAAAGAAUGGCAGAUUGUCCUCUUCCACCUUGCCUAAGUUCCAAGAAACUCUGACAGUAACUUGUGAUGUAGGAUACAUUGUGAAUGGAUCUGCCACCAUUACAUGUGGGGAUGACAGGAAUUUUGAUGCUGUGCCCAAUUGUAUUGAUCAAAAUGAAUGUGAUACAACAAACGGAGGGUGUUCUCAGAACUGUAUCAAUACAGAAGGCUAUUUCUACUGUACCUGUAAUGCUGGUUAUAAACUGAAUGCAGACAAACGGCAGUGUGACGAUAUUGAUGAAUGCACUGCUGAUAGUCCAAAGAAUGGCGGAUGCUCUCAGAUUUGUACAAACUCUGUUGGGUCCUACACUUGCUCGUGUGACCAACCCGGAUAUGUUCUGUUUGAUGUGGAUGGUAGAUCUGGCUAUACCAUUCAGUCUCCAGAUGAUGGAAACAAGGCAGGAGAUGUUUAUCAUCUUGGACAUAGCUGUGUUCGUCGAAACUGCUCUGAGCCUGCUGUGGUUAAUAAUGCGAUGCUGAUGACAAAGCGUGCAAUACAUCGAUACAUGGACAAGAUCACGUUCAUGUGUGAUUUGGGCUAUGUAAAGUCUAGAGGAGAAGAAACUUUCACCUGCGGGUCAGACGGGCAGUGGACGCCUUCACAGACCACAAAUCUGUUGGAGUGCUCAGUGGCAACCUGCCCUGUGAGUGACUUGAAUACACUGAACUUAAAUAAUCGCCCCACUCUUAGUACCACAAACCCGGUCAGUUACUUGGACUAUCUGAACAUGACAUGUGAUGUCCCAGGGAAGGGCACAAUUGUCAAUCAGCAACAGUGCUUGUUUGACAAGAAAACCAAUACUUACGCCCUCUAUGGUGCUUCUUAUGAAUGUGAAGUUUUAGACGACUGUGCCUCUAACCCUUGCCUGUAUGGAGGGACCUGUACAGACCUAGUCGGUGGGUAUUCCUGUACUUGUCCUACUGGAUACCAAGGCACCCGCUGUCAGAAUCGAGUCAAUCCCUGCAGUCUGAAUCGGUGUAGCAAUGGUCAGUGUGUAGAUGCUUAUUCCAUGGACCUCUUCAAGUGUAUAUGUCAGCCCGGAUAUCAGUAUGGUCUGAUCUGUCCCUAUGAGAUGUACAAUGGCAAUGGAACAAGUUUGACUCCAUUUUCUACAUCAAGUGGUACAACCACAAUUGGUAACUGUCUUCAGCAGUGUGACAAUUUACAGAUCUGUCAGGCGUACACCUUUGCAGCAGGGACCUGCAAACUCUAUCAAACUGCCCCCACAGAUCCAACUAUCACUGCAGCGGCUGGGUCAACUCUCAACAUAAAGAAGUGCAUCUACCCUGAUGAUGACUACUGGAGUCCUUGGUAUAAUCAGGGCCCACCAAAUGGUGGAAAAGAGGAAGAGAAGAGAGUGCAGCUCGUAACGUAUGGAGUAAAUGUUUGUAACGGUACAGAGCCGAUUGAUGCAGAGUGCCGUGUGGUUGGAUCUAAAGCACCAUCAUCUGGAACAGGGGAUACAUUCUCCCUGCCGUGUGGAGUGGACGGAAUAGAGUGUACUGAUCAGGUCAAUAACCCAUGUGAAGACUACGAAGUGCGCUACAAGUGUGCUGUUUAUAAAGGAUUUCAGAGCAACACCUGCGAUGUGAAGAAUCACUGUCUCUCCAACCCUUGUAUGAAUGGAGGAGUAUGUUCUUAUAGAUUUAAAGACUUUGUGUGCAGCUGUCCCAGUGGAUACACUGGAAAACUCUGUCAACAUGAUGUUGAUUCCUGUCAAACCAAUCCCUGCCUACAAGGGGGGACCUGCAUAGAUAAACCAGGGUCCCAGGGAUUUGAGUGUCAGUGUCCUGCUGGGUACGGAGAUUAA